CUGAACGGCCUGACGCCUAAUAAAACGGGCGUGGUCAUCGGCCCGGAUGGGUUCCCUGUCGGUCGCGUCGUCGAGGGCAACCCCCGUGAGCUUGCGGGGCGGGCCAUCGACGGCGAAGACGGGUGCAUCUAUGACGGCAAACGCGUGCUAGGCCGCGUGGAGGCUAUCCCUGAGGAUCAGCGCGAGACGAGACACGAGGGUCCGUUCGCUGGUCUGGAGGGCCUGGUCGUUGGUGAUGAUGGGCUAGUCCACGAUGUGCGGGGGAUGGUCGUCGGGCGCAUCGUGGAGGGUGAUGCGUCUGCGUUGCGCGGCCGCGCCGUUGAUGACGAUGGUGAUAUCGUUGAUCGGUUCGGGACUUCCAAGGGGAGGGCCGAGCCGUAUCAGGAGGAGAAGGAGGAGGAGCCGCAGCCUGAGGAGCAGGAUCUGUCUAUCCUUGAGGGGAAGACAGUCAACAAGGCCGGGAAUGUCGUCGAUGAGCACGGUACUGUUGUCGGCCGGAUUGUCUCGGGCGAUGGUCGUCGGCUAGCUGGUCGACGCGUCGAUGGACAGGGCCAAGUUUGGGGCGACAGCGGCAAUGUCGUUGGACGUGCGGAGCUGAUCCCCGGUGCUGAGCAGGAGCGGCCUGAAGGUCCAUUCUUUGGCUUCGAAGGCGCGACUGUUGGCGCGGACGGGGUCGUCGCUGAUUCCACCGGGCAGGUGAUCGGGCGCGUUGUCGAAGGCGAUGCGGCGCGACUGCUUGGACGCCCCGUUGACGAAGAUGGCGACAUUCUCGACAAGAACGGCAAUGGCAUCGGCCGUGCUGAGCGCUGGCAGCCGGAGUCCAAGCCGCGCAAUGUCAGCCCCAUGGCCGGUCGCAAGGUCACCCGUGAAGGCGAAGUGCGCGAUUCCGACGGAAACCUGAUCGGAAAGCUCACCGCGGGCAACCUCGCUACUCUUGUCGGACGCGAGAUCGACGACAACGGAUACGUGGUCGACAACGACGGCAACCGACUGGGCGAGUGUACGCUGCUGGAGAACAUCCCCGAGCCUGAGCCCGAGCCCGAGGGCCCAACAGACGCGGAGAAGGAGGAGCAGCGCAAGGCCGAGGAGGACCAGCAGCUGGCGAAGAAGAUGAGCGCCAUCGUGUCGCAGGCGAUGGACCGCAUGCGUCCGAUUUGCAAGAUGAUUUCCGAGCACGUCGACAAAGCAGACCGCACUCCCCGCGAGGAGCUCGACGAAGAAGCCCUCGUCCAGCAGGUCAAGCCUCUCCUCGAAGAGGGCGGCAACAUCCUGCAAGAAUGCAACGGCGCCAUCCGGGCUCUCGACCCCGACGGCCGCAUCGCCGCGACGGCCAAGGCACGCGCCGCGUCUCAUGAGGCCUCGCCGGCCGAGUACGCGCUCGCAGACCAACUCAAGGAGCUGACGGACACGGUGGUGCAGACGAUCGACCACGGCAAGAAGCGUAUCGCCGACAUGCCGCAUGCGAAGAAGCAGCUGAACCCUCUGUGGGGAUUGCUCAGCGAACCGCUGUUCCAGAUCAUCGCCGCCGUUGGGCUUCUCCUGACGGGUGUGUUGGGCCUGGUCGGCAGACUGCUUGAAGGCCUUGGAUUAGGGCCGCUGGUCCAUGGCCUCCUUGGAGGAUUGGGCAUUGAUCGAUUGCUGGGCAGUUUGGGUCUCGGGGGCCUCACAGACGCCCUGGGUAUGAAGAGCUAG